CUCUAUGCAAAUGUGUCUCACAGUAGACUAAGGCUAGAGGCAAAUACGAUGAAGAACCUCACGAAGAUUACUGAAUUUCUUCUCACUGGUAUAUCCGAUGAUCCACACAUCAUACAUGUUCUCUUUGUGCUCUUCCUCCUCAUCUACCUCAUAACCCUCAUCCUAAACCUUCUAAUUAUCUUCUUGGUCCUCACCGACUCCCAGCUUCAUAAUCCAAUGUUUUUCUUUCUUGGAAAUCUGGCUUUUCUGGACAUGUCCUACUCAUCAGUCACUGCUCCAAGGAUGCUCUCUGACUUAGUCACUGACAGUCGGUCGAUAUCCUUUCCUGCCUGCACAGCUCAAGUUUUUUUCUUUAUCUACUUUGCCAGCUCAGAACUCUUCUUGCUCUCUGCCAUGUCCUAUGACAGAUACACUACCAUCUGCCACCCUCUGCAUUACACUCAGAUCAUGUCCAAGAGAGCCUGCACCCACAUGGCAUCAGUGGUUUGGGUUCUUGGCUUUCUCUAUGCCAUGGUCCACACACUGUGCUCACUCAGGUUGACCUUCUGUGGCCCAUAUGCAAUCCACAAUUUCUUUUGUGACCUGCCCCAUCUGUUCCAGAUCACUUGUACUGACCCUUAUAUAAACAUCCUAGUCAUAUUCAUCGUAGGUGGAACUCUCGGACUAGGAGCCUUUGCUGUUACAUUUGUCCCAUACAUUCAUAUCCUAAACACCGUUCUCAGAAUACAGACUAACAGUGGGCGGUUUAAAGCUUUCUCGACUUGCACAUCGCACCUUACUGUGGUCUUCAUUUUUUACGGCUCUAUUAUAUUUAUCUACUUUGUUCCUUCCACUAGCAAACUAUUUUCUAUAAAUAGAGUAGUUUCGGUGACAUAUGCCCUAAUUAACCCCUUGCUUAAUGCCCUGAUCUACAGUAUAAGGAACAAAGACCUUAAGACAGCACUGAGGAAGGCAUUUCAUCAUGUACACUGGAACAAAUGAUGAUCCUUUAUCUUUAGUCACUGUCAGAGCUGUCCCAACAACAUAGGACACCGUAGGCAGGUGUCAAAAUCUAGAGCCCCCACCACACACCAAAACUAUGAAAUAUAGAUUUAUGAGAAAGAUGA